AUGAGCCCAUUCCGGUUGGUCUCUGGAAAGGCUUGCCAUCUUCCAGUGGAGAUAGAGCAUAAGGCGUAUUGGGCCAUAAAAGAGAGCAACACAAGGUUUGGGGUUGGAGUCAAAAGGAAGCUACAAUUGGUGGAGCUUGAGAACCUUCGAUUGGAAGCCUAUCAAAAUUCAAGGCUAUACAAGGAGAAGAUAAAAGCAGUGCAUGAUCAAAACAUAAAAAGGAGAGAGUUUAGAGUCGGAGAACUAGUUCUCCUCUAUAACUCUAGGUUAAGGUUGAUGCCCGGAAAGUUAAGAUCAAGGUGGGAAGGCCCCUAUAGAGUGGAGAAGGCCGAACCAUAUGGAGUCUACCACGUAAGGCACCCUUCAAGCCCCAACAUCUUCAAAGUGAAUGGUCAUCGUCUAAAGCUAUACCAUGGAGAGAAGAUAAAAAGCAACAAAGAGGUCGAGGUGUUCCUUCUUGAGGACGCACCCGAAGGCGAGGAGAUUUGA